UGUUAUCGAGCGUGUUUCGAUGAAGGACAAGGCGGGGCAACACGACAACGAAGAGCCACCUCUGCAUCUGGAAGACGAGGACGCUUUGUAUGGAUGGAGUGAACCCCAUCUCGAGGAGACAUUGAGCCAGCUCACGGUUGACUGGUCACGGCCGCUGACGAUGGUGGAGCAGGAAGACCAACUGGAAAUGUGUCGGGAAACGCAGCGCAAGUUGUACAAACAAAAGAAGGCCAAGCUGGCUGCCCAAGCCGCCGCCGAAGACAGACUCGUAACACACACUCGCACGUGCCAUCGGGAACUCUUGUCCCACCGUCCCCAAGCCCGAAUCGUCCCUGUCGUGAUGGAAUUGGACUCCCCACCCCUCGACGAUACGCAGCUACACAGCUCCAUACCUCGAUCUGAAGCCGAGCUGCACGCCCUCACGCUGAGUCUCCACGCACGGCAACGCAUACGAACGAUGAAACUUCGGUCUCUAUCGCCGCCCCCACUGUCGGAGCAGCUGCCCCCAGCCACGCCCCCUACUGUUCGGGUAUGCACCGUCCCGCCAGCCGUAGUACUUGAGCUGGACAAAACCAGUUUGCCCAAAGUGACAGAUCCCCCCCGGUGGGGCCCCAUGCUGGACGACGCCGAUAUUUACGCCCAUGAGACCCACUACUCGAACAACCUCCCCAUGCGGGUGAAAAAGGGGCUGAGUUUCCAGACGACCCCCCCUCUUCGGCCUAUCGAACGUGACCAAGCGCAGAAGGCGCUAGCACACAAGUCCAAGACAAGGCGGCGCCUUGAGCUGCAACAGUUGGAGCAGGCGCUUUCGAUUCGAGAGACGCGCAAGGUCGAUAUCGAGCGGCAAAUGCGCCUGGUUCGAAGCCUGGCGACGCUGCGGCAACCCCUUGACGCACUCACAAUCCCGCAAAUCAACGUGUCCGUGCCAAGCAUGUCGACAUUGACCUUAUCUAUCGAGAAACGCCCGAGCGGCAGCGCGACCACCAUCGCUCGAAGUGUCAGCACGCCACUGCUGGAGCCCCCACGACCAAAUAGAGGCUACAAUCGAUACGUUACAUAAUCGAAAUGGCAUGCCAAACCAAUCCCCCCUCCCGACGAAUUAUGUUUUGGCGGCUACGCGGCAUUUAGUCUCAAUAAAAUACACGUACGUACGUAUGUAUGUAUAUAUACAUAUGUACACGUGCACAGUAGUAUUCCAUUGUACCGACGAACAACCACACGGCUUUGGUACUAUUUUAC